AUGAUCCCAACGCUAAUGGCGGCGCAUAUAGCCCCUCUACAACCGCGGGCUAUUCGCACCAAAUUGGGAUUUCAUGUCUAUAUCCCUUUGUUCCUCGGGAUCGGCUCAUUCCUAUUCCAUGCGUCGCUCCGCCAGACUCUUGAAUAUGCCGACGAGCUUGCCAUGAUCGGUAUCAUUUGGUCCGUGCUCCAGGCUACUCUCAGCAUACGGCAAUCUACUUCGAAAGUUCGCGCCAUUUCAGUGACCCUUACCGCCGUGGUUCUCGGCUUCUCAGUCUUCUACGUCUGGUCCGCGAAUAUCCUCUACCACGUCCUUGCCUUUUCUUAUCUAUUUUGGUGGACUGAACCGGGGUUCCCGAGAGAGAAGGCUCGUGACUGGAAUAAGCGGACGUGGCCGUCUCUCGGAGCAUGUCUAGUUGGGUAUGUCCUUUGGAACAUUGACCUUGAGUGUUGUACCAUGCUUCGAAAUGUUAGGCAACUGGUUGGACUGCCUUGGCCAUGGCUGCUCGAGUUUCACGGUUGGUGGCACAUCUUAACGGGCAUCGGUGCAGGCCGAUUCAUGAAUGUGGCCAGAGAAAUGAGGGAGGAAUGCCGCCGCGGAAAGGAAAAGGAGACAUAAACACUUUGGCCAGGACGAAAACAUCCCCUAGAGAAUCAUAGAACCUUAUGUCUGACUGAUCCUUCAAGGAAACAGUGUAUAUUCCGCAAUAUUCAAUUAUUUGAAUAAAAAUAAAGUGCUCAAUACC